AUGGCAUCCCAGAUCCCUCGAGAGUAUCUCUAUGAGGCCGAAGGUGCUGAGGUCGAAGAGGAAGUCUACCACCCAUUCGAAUAUGACAAUACCCCAGAAAACCCAAGCUGGGCAGGCGCAUUGCCAAUGCCAUACGGUCUCUAUGAUCCGGAAGACGAAAAGGAUGCCUGUGGUGUCGGCUUUGUAGCACACAUAAAAGGAGAGAAAUCCCAUAAAACACUCUCUGACGCUCGCUCGUUGCUGUGUAACAUGACACACAGAGGCGCUGUAGGGUCCGAUGCCCGCGACGGUGACGGUGCUGGUGUCAUGACUAGCAUGCCGGACAAGUUCCUACGUAAGGAGUUUGGAUUCUUGCUCCAGACUACACUGCCUCCGUUUGGUCAAUAUGCAGUCGGAAACAUCUUCUUCACUCCAAAUGCUGAGGAGAGAGCCCAGAACAAAGCUCUCUUCGAAGAGAAGGCCAAUGAGCUUGGUUUGAAGAUCGUGGGAUGGCGCCCCGUCCCGAAGGAUAGCAGCCUUCUAGGACCGGCCGCUAAAUCUCGAGAGCCUCAUAUCGAGCAACCUUUGGUUGUUCUCAAGGACUCUGAUGUUAAAUUUGACGAAAAAUUCUUCGAAAAACAAUUGUACAUCCUGCGAAAGAGAGCCACCCAUGCUAUCGGUUUGCAUAAAUGGUUCUAUAUUUGCUCGCUGAGCCCACAGAACAUUGUCUAUAAGGGCCAGUUAGCACCUGUUCAGGUCUACAAUUACUAUUAUGACCUUGUAAACGUGGAUUAUGAAGUGCAUUUCGCGCUGGUACAUUCCCGUUUCUCCACCAACACUUUCCCCAGCUGGGAUCGUGCUCAACCCCUUCGAUGGGCCGCACAUAAUGGUGAAAUUAACACCCUGCGAGGGAAUAAGAAUUGGAUGAAAGCUCGUGAAGGCUUGAUGAAAUCCAAAAAGUUUGGUGCCGACUUAGAAUCCCUCUAUCCCAUCAUUGAAGGAGGUGGUUCCGAUUCCGCCGCAUUCGACAAUGUUCUUGAACUUCUAAUGAUCAACAACGUCCUCACGCUCCCCGAAGCUGUAAUGUUGAUGAUUCCCGAAGCCUGGCAAGGUCAUACCUUGAUGGAGCCUGAGAAGGCUGCAUUCUAUGAAUGGGCUGCUUGUUUGAUGGAACCCUGGGAUGGUCCAGCUUUGUUCACAUUCGCCGACGGUCGUUAUUGUGGUGCAAACUUGGACCGGAACGGUCUCCGACCUUGUCGUUUCUAUGUAACCGAUGACGACAGAAUUAUCUGUGCUUCAGAGGUUGGGACAAUCCAAAUUGAACCCGAGCGCGUGAUCCAGAAGGGUCGCCUUAUGCCCGGAAAAAUGCUUCUCGUCGACACGGUUGAAGGACGUAUUGUUGACGACAAGGAACUAAAGCUGAGCACAUCAAGCCGCUGCAAUUUUCAGCAGUGGAUCAGUGAUCAUCUUAUCUCACUUCCCGAAAUCCUCGAGGCUCACGAGAAGAGAGGAACCGAUCUGUCUCCCAAGUUGACAGAAGGAAGUCUUCAAAAUGAUCCACUAGUCAAAGCCUUUGGCUACUCUUUGGAACAAGUCAGCUUGUUGCUCGCACCAAUGGGAAUUGACUCGAAAGAGGCUCUCGGGUCCAUGGGCAACGAUGCACCGCUUGCUGUCUUGUCCAGGGAACCUCGUCUCAUUUACGACUAUUUCCGUCAGCUAUUCGCCCAAGUCACAAACCCUCCAAUCGAUCCUAUCAGAGAAGACAUUGUUAUGUCGCUUGAGUGUUAUGUUGGACCUCAAGGUAACCUCUUAGAAAUGGCACCAGAACAAUGCAGCCGACUCCGACUUCCCUACCCAACGUUGUCAGUGGAAGAAUUCACCUCUUUGAAAAAUAUCGAGCAGAUCUAUCCCAGCUGGAAAGUCCACACUAUCGACACAACCUUUGCCAAAGUUGAUGGUGCGGAUGGAUACGUGCCAGCUCUUGACCGAAUCUGUGAAGAAGCUCUCAAAGCCAUCAAGGAGAAUUACAAGAUCAUCAUUCUCUCUGAUAAGAGAACUUCUGCUGAGAGGGUUCCGAUUUCCGCGGCUGUCGCACAAGGUGCAGUCCACACAUUCCUUGUAAAGGAGAAGCUUCGAUCACAGGUUGCACUAGUUGUGGAGACUGGUGAAGUCCGUGAAGUUCAGCACAUGUGUGUCCUCGUCGGUUAUGGUGCAGAUGCCGUCUGCCCAUACCUUGCUGUUGACAUCCUUCUGAAAAUGAAUCGCGACAGGCUCAUCAGAAAGAAAAUCUCAGAUAAAGAUAUCAUCACGAACUUCCAAAAAGCUGUAAAUGGUGGUAUUUUGAAGGUUAUGAGCAAGAUGGGUAUCUCUACCCUUCAAAGUUACAAGGGAGCUCAGAUCUUCGAGGCUCUCGGAGUCCAUAAGGAUGUCAUCGAUAAGUGUUUCCAAGGAACUGCCUCCAGAAUCAGUGGUAUCACCUGGGACGUUCUUGCGGAGGAUGCCAUUGCCUUCCAUGAACGAGGUUUCCCCACUCGAGAAGCUGUGAUUGUACCCGGUCUUACUGAGACCGGAGAAUACCACUGGCGUGAUGGCGGAGAAGCUCAUGUCAACGACCCCAUCAGUAUUGCAAACAUUCAAGAUGCAGUUCGUACCCGUAAUGACAAGUCGUAUGAGGCAUAUUCCCGCGCAGAAUAUGAAUCAACCAAGAACUGCACCCUUCGCGGUUUGUUGGAUUUCGAUUUUGAAAGCUCCAAGCCGGUCCCAAUCGAACAAGUGGAACCAUGGACAGAGAUCGUUAGAAGAUUUUGCACUGGCGCUAUGUCUUACGGCUCUAUCUCCAUGGAAUCACACUCCACUCUAGCUAUCGCCAUGAACAGGCUAGGAGGUAAAUCCAACACCGGUGAAGGUGGUGAAGACCCGGAGAGAAGCAAGAUUCUCGAAAACGGUGAUACCAAACGUUCCGCUAUCAAACAAGUCGCCUCGGGUAGAUUCGGUGUUACUAGUCAUUACUUGGCUGACGCUGAUGAGCUUCAAAUCAAGAUGGCUCAAGGAGCUAAGCCCGGUGAAGGUGGAGAGCUGCCCGGCCACAAGGUCUCUGGGAGCAUUGCUAAGACCCGUCACUCGACACCUGGUGUCGGUUUGAUCAGCCCUCCUCCUCACCAUGAUAUUUACUCCAUCGAAGACUUGAAGCAACUUAUCUACGAUUUGAAGUGCUCCAAUCCUCGCGCUCGAGUUUCCGUGAAGCUCGUUUCCGAGAAAGGUGUCGGUAUCGUCGCUUCUGGUGUGGCCAAAGCUAAGGCUGAUCAUAUUCUCAUUUCCGGUCACGACGGCGGUACCGGUGCCUCGAGGUGGACUGGAAUCAAGCAUGCAGGUCUCCCAUGGGAGCUUGGUCUUGCAGAAACCCAUCAAACACUGGUGAUGAAUGAUCUUCGUGGCCGUGUGAUUGUCCAAACCGAUGGUCAGCUUCGUACCGGCCGUGAUGUCGCUAUCGCUUGUCUUCUCGGUGCUGAAGAAUGGGGCUUUGCAACUGCACCGCUCAUUGCCAUGGGCUGUGUUAUGAUGCGAAAGUGCCAUUUGAAUACUUGCCCUGUAGGAAUCGCUACCCAGGAUCCUGAACUCCGUGCUAAGUUCCAAGGAGAGCCAGAACACGUUAUUAACUUUUUCUACUACAUUGCCAACGAACUCCGCGCCAUCAUGGCAAAACUGGGAUUCAGAACCAUCAACGAGAUGAUAGGUCGCACCGAGAAGUUAAGAGUUAGGGAUGAUUUGCGAACUGCCAAAACUCGCAACAUCGACUUGAAGAAUUUGCUUGCCCCUGCAUAUUUGAGACGUGAAGGCGUAGCCACAUACAAUGUUAGACGACAAGACCACCGUCUUCACGUCCGUCUUGACAAUAAACUCAUCGACGAGUCCGAGUUAACAUUAGACCGGGGGCUCCCUGCUAGGAUUGAAACACCAAUUGUCAACAUCGAUCGUGCUCUAGGUGCCACCCUUUCCUAUCGUAUCAGCAAAAAGUUCGGAGAAAGCGGUCUCCCCAUGGAUACUAUCCAUGUCAACUUGACUGGCUCCGCCGGACAGUCAUUUGGUGCAUUCCUUGCCCCGGGUAUUACCUUGGAGUUGGAAGGUGAUUCCAAUGACUAUGUUGGAAAGGGUCUCAGCGGAGGCCGUAUCAUAAUCUAUCCUCCUGGUGUCUCCACCUUCAAGGCAGAGGAGAAUAUUCUUAUCGGAAAUGUUUGUUUGUAUGGUGCCACGGGCGGACAGUGUUACUUCAGAGGUGUCGCUGCAGAACGUUUCGCAGUCAGGAACUCUGGUGCAACAGCUGUUGUCGAAGGUGUCGGUGACCACGGUUGCGAAUACAUGACAGGUGGACGAGUAGUAGUCUUAGGAGGUACUGGGCGCAAUUUUGCAGCCGGUAUGUCUGGAGGCUUUGCUUUUGUUCUCGACAUUCAUGGUGAUUUUGCCACUAAAGUCAACAUGGAGAUGGUUGAGUUGGAGGAAGUCACCGAGCCAACCGACGUCGAAUGGCUUAGAGGCACCAUCGAAGAUCAUGAGAACUAUACGAAGAGUGAGAUGGCAUCGAGAAUCCUUGCUGAUUGGGAUCAAGUUCUUCCUCGAUUUGUCAAAGUCAUGCCCACGGAUUACAAGCGCGUCCUUCUAGAAGAAGCCAAAAAGGCAGAGCAAGCUAAAAGUCAAGUUCUUCUCCUCGAAGCUGAGGCAGCUGUUGAGGACAAGAAGAAGGCAGCUCCUGGAACCGACGGCAAAGAGGCCGAGAAAGCCAAGAAACACGAGACACCACUCACCACCGAUAUUGAAGAGAGUGUCACUGAUUCCAAAGCGGAGAAAAAGAGAGCCUUGUUACUCAACAAAACGAAGGGCUUCAAGCUAUACAGUCGAAGGUCGGAAAAAUAUCGCAACCCUGGAGCUCGAACGAAGGACUGGAAAGAAUUAUCCAAGCGAUUGAACGAUGAAGAGCUCCACUACCAGACCGCCCGCUGUAUGGAUUGUGGUGUACCAUUCUGUCAAUCCGAUACUGGCUGCCCGAUCAGCAAUGUUAUCCCCUCUUGGAAUAACCUCGUUUUCCAGAAUGAUUGGAGGGCAGCUCUUGACAAACUCAACCAGACAAACAAUUUCCCCGAGUUCACUGGAAGAGUAUGCCCUGCUCCUUGUGAAGGUGCCUGCGUUCUCGGCAUUAUAGAUGAUCCAGUCGGAAUCAAGAGCAUUGAGUGUGCUAUCAUUGAUAGAGGAUUCGAAAUGGGGUGGAUGGUUCCUUGCCCGCCACCUGUCAGAACUGGAAAGCGUGUUGCAAUUGUUGGAUCUGGUCCAGCCGGCCUUGCUGCUGCUGACCAGUUGAACAAAGCUGGGCAUGUUUGCCAUAUCUUCGAGAGGAGUGACCGUCCUGGUGGCUUGCUGCAAUACGGUAUCCCAAAUAUGAAGCUCGACAAGGCUAUCGUCAAGCGUCGUAUUGACUUUAUGGCCGCUGAAGGUAUCGAAUUCUUCUGCAACGUUGAGAUCGGACAAGAAGGCCAGAAGAACCUCGACGAACUUCGAAAAGAAUACGAUGCCGUUGUAAUUGCCACUGGGGCUACCGUCCCCAGAAAUCUGAAUAUUCCAGGCCGUGAAUUCAAUGGUGUCCACUUUGCUAUGGAGUUCCUUCACAAAAACACACAGUCUUUGCAGGAUUCGAACUUAACGGACGGGAAAUACAUCAGUGCUGCUGGCAAGAAGGUCAUAGUUAUUGGCGGUGGAGACACAGGAAACGAUUGCAUCGGAACGUCCCAACGGCACGGUGCCAUUAGCGUCACCAACUUCGAAAUUUUGCCAAAGCCGGCUCUCCAACGAGCUCCAGAUAACCCUUGGCCACAGUAUCCCAGAACUUUCCGUGUUGACUAUGGUCAUACCGAAGUCCUUUCGCAUACCGGAAAAGACCCCCGUGAUUACAAGAUAGUGACAAAGCAAUUCCACGGUGACGAGGCCGGUAAUCUCAAAGGUUUGACGACGAAACGAGUGGACUGGAAAAAGGAUCCUAUGAAGGGGUGGCAGAUGUCUGAAGUUGAAGGCUCUGAGGAAUAUUGGGAGUGUGAUCUAGUCUUCCUUUCUAUGGGAUUCGUUGGAUGCGAAGAGAGAGCUUUAUCGAGUGAUGUCGAGAAAAAUGCCAGGGGCAAUAUUAAAACUGAAUCUUUGAGUACCUAUGCCACAACUGCUCCAGGAGUCUUCACAGCUGGUGACUGUCAUCGCGGUCAAUCUUUAAUUGUCUGGGGUAUCAAUGAAGGACGCCAGUGUGCUCGAGAAGUGGACAUCUACUUGACGGGUUCAACAUUGCUUCCAGUAACCGGAGGCAUCAUCAAGAGGCACCCGAUGAAGGGCGAUCAAGGAGGCGAAGAAGCAGACAUCGACAAGAUCUAG